GACAUCGCGAUGAAAAUGUGCUAAAGUGUGGCGACAAUGGCAACGAUUGAAGAAGUAAGCAGCGAGAUCUUGCACCUUAUUUACGACGUUAUCAGAAGUAUCGAGAAGGACUCUCACGACCCGUCGCAGAAGAGGGACAGCUACGACAGCGCCGCCAAGAUUCAGGAGCUGCGCGGCAAGCUACAGCUGUGCCGUGACAUGAUCAACAAGCUGCCGGGCAUCGAGCUCACGCGUGAGGAGCAGCUGCGUCGGGUGGACGCACUACGGCGCCAGCUGGUGCGAAAGCGCGAACUGCUGGUGAAGUACAAGAGCAUGUGCCACUUCGACAUGAAGUAGUGUUAACACCAUGACAAGACUAGUCCUGUGCCACUUGCUACGACUGCGCCCCCUGGUUUUGGGCAUCACCGUUGCCACCCCUCGCUGCUGCCACAGCUAUGUGAGAGACCACUACUUCGGGUUCUUUCGGGAAAGCGGUGCCUAUCACAGGACCGUAGCGACAACCGGUGCACAGCUGGAGCCUGCGCCAACGGAGACAUCCACCCUCUCCGCUCUCGGUGAUGACCAGUUAGUUGGUGCUGUACUAUCUUGCGGCUCUUUGUCGGCGAGAGGAGGACAUGUUCAUGCCUUAGAAAGGGAGUGCUGCCGUAGAGUAGGCAAACUAGCACCUGAACUUGCAAUUCGUGUCAUGGAUGCCUGGGCCGCUGGUUCACGUCAUUGUGGAAGCACGUACGUGCAACAACUUCCACGUGCUGUUGAUGUAAAGCAACUACCCUGGCCGCAUCUGGUUCACUUGCUAUACCUUUUGGCGCUCAAGAAAUGCAGUGUUCCACCUGACUUUGCGAGUGCCGUCGAGGAGCGACUGCCGGAGUUCCAGCGAGAAGGGGAUUUCAGAGAACUGGCCGUGCUGUGUAGUAGUCUGUUCAAGUUGAAAAUCAGGGUUUCCAAUGACGCCUUUCUGCACGUCGUCUCCCAGCGUACAGCUCACGUCUUGGCAUCGCACGCAGACAGGUUUGACAUUGUGGCGGCGUUGAAAUUCUUGCGGCUCUGCGAACACUACAGCGCCGAGCUUCUCGAAAACCUGGCAAGCUACGUCACCGGUUGCAGCCAAGAACUGGUUGUCACCGAAUGUGGCCACAUGCUUGCUGCCUUCGCCAGCGUUGCUGCGUACGACAGAGGCACAUUCGAACGCCUCGAGGACAGAGUUGCUGCCUUACUUCACGAAUGUACCUCGAGCAAACGCAAUUCGUCUAGGCUUCACCCUUCCUUACGUCCACGACUGAAGGACGUGGCCAAGGUUCUGUGGGCGUUCGCAGCUGUGAACCACAGUGCCGGGAGAGAGAGCCUGCAAGUGGCAGUCCAGUUUCUCGAGCAGAACUUUACGUCGAACAAAGAUCUUUACCACAUUCUAGAUGCCUUGCAGUCGCUCAUUUGCCUAGACUGCUACCCGUGGGAUCUUAUCGACAGGGCGACUUCGCCAAGCGCGGAGCACGCAGUCUCUCUCGACGGCAAGAAGAAGGCAUUUCUGCGGCUGGUAUUCGUCGCUGCGUCCGCACAGUUGGCGAGGGGCACUCCACUGACCGUGAAGCUGACCAGCAGCAGAGAGCAGCUCCCGCAGCGUGACGGCUUUGGAGAACUGGUGGCCGUGUUUGGGGAGCGUCGGUUGCGAGCCAGCUGCAUCUUGCCGCACAUCCGUAUCGCCGGCGUGGCCUUCACCGUGUGUCCGCGCUCAUUGCGCGCGAGCCUUGUGCUGGACGUGGCAGAGCUGAAGCGACAGAAGACGGCUGCUGGAAACCACGAGGCUCGUUUCGUCAGUGUAGAGCUCCUGGACGACAGCGUGUUGGUGCGAGACAGUGGGGGUUGCCUCCGUGGUGUCAUGGCAGUUAAGGUGCGCCAACUUCAAGCGUUGGGUGUGCGCGUGAUUGGGGUGUCGCCGGAGGAGAUCGCACGGCUCGCCGCACUCUCGGACAGGCGGCAGUGGUGGGACACCUUUGUGCGAGCGUGUGCCCUAGAAGAACCUCUCCCCGUGGGUUUUAAAACUGUGCUAGUGAGUGAACCUGCUUGACGCCAUCAUCUUUAACCGUCUUAUCAGUGUUCCUCGACCUUUAGUUACAGGGCAUGAAUGUAACAAAUUGUUUCAUCUAAUGAAGUAAACCUAAACUUUUGAUAACUUUCUUUUAGCGAGUAUUCUAGUACUUAUAAUAAAACCAAAAAUGCAAGAUCUAA